AUGAUGCAUAACUCUACUCAUGUAAGGUUUUUCUUCCUUUCAGGUUUAAAUGAAACCAAUAACUACAGAGUUGUUCUCUUCUCUCUCACUUUACUGUGUUACUGUUUCAUUGUGCUGGUAAAUGUUGCUCUUAUUGUGACCAUCAUCUUGGAUAAGAACAUGCAUGAACCAAUGUAUAUUCUCUUGUGCACUUUCUGCAUGAAUGGACUUUAUGGGACAACAGGUUUCUACCCCAAGAUGCUCUGGGAUCUGCUGUCUCCCGUUAAUGGAAUCUCAUAUUACGGAUGCCUUGUUCAGGCUUUAGUGAUGACCAUAUUUAUCUGCAAUGAUCUUUCUAUUCUUGCAGUCAUGGCGUAUGACAGAUAUGUGGCUAUCUGUCGACCUCUGGAGUACCACUCUAUUAUGUCAAAGCAGAGAGUGUUACUGUUAGUCUGUUUCUCCUUGUUAACACCUUUUUGCAUUUCUGCCAUAAAUAUUAUUCUUACAUCCAGAUUAGAGCUAUGCAGCCCAUAUAUUGACAGACUUUUUUGUAUGAACUGGGUUAUUGUGAAACUUGCUUGUUUCCCAGCUGACACAUAUGUUAACAGCAUAGUUGCAUACAUUACAAUAAUCAUUUAUGUACUUCACGGUUUAUUCAUAUUUAUGUCCUACAUGUAUGUCAUCAAAACAUGUGUCAAUUCUUUAGAAAACAGAGCAAAGUUCAUGCAGACAUGUGUGCCACAUUUAACCUCAUUGCUCAUUUUUCUUGGAACAAUACUUUUUGACAUCAUGCAUAUAAGAUUUGGGUCAACAGACUUACCUCAAGCAUUAAACAACUUUAUUUCAAUACAAUUCCUUGUCAUAUCUCCAAUUAUGAAUCCUCUCAUUUAUGGUUUUAAAUUGACCAAAAUUCGGAACAAAAUUCUGGGUGGUAUUUCUUUUAACAUUAAACUACUUCGGCGAUAA